AACAAAAACAAUAACAGUCGGUCAAGGUCGCUCAUAAAAUAUAAUCUUGAACUGUACACGUACCAAAUGUGUAUCUUACUUAACAAAAGACAUGCAAAAGACCUUUGGCUCUGCACGUGGUCGCAAAUGUACGUAAUGGGUAUUACUUUCCUUUGCAUUGUUGGAGGCUCUAAGAAGAUCGCUCUAUUGUUACCGUUAGACGAUUAGCGUAUUCAUCUACCCCAGAAUCUCCACGAUCAAUUUAUACUUUAUCGACCUUGCGGAUCGCAUUUUCCGACGGAUAUUUAUUUUGGUAGAAUGUUGUAAUUCGUGAUAAGUUCAUUAUUAAUUAAACUGGGGAUCGGCAUCGAUUUGUACUUGAUUAGGAAUUGCUUCCCGCACACUCUCUCUUCGCCAAUUAUAUAUCCAUUUUGUCAAUAUACUGUGACAAGAAUUCUAAGUAAUUAUAACGCGCACAGUUGAUUUUGCCUCCCUUCUUGUCAUUGUAGAUGAUAUUUCUAAGAAUCUAGUGUAUUGAAGGUCCUUUGAUGGAAUAUAAUAUCACUUCGCUGCGCAAUAAAUACCCCUUUUGAUACUUUAUUCCUCGAGAGUGAGGAAUCAAGAAGUGCAUUUUGGAAAGGGUUCUCGGCGAUUAUCCAUUUUAAGAUCUAAGCAGGUGUUUGCGACAAAAGAAGGCAGAAAAUCAUUUGCAACGCCGUAAAUGCAAAUUGUGUUUAGAUAUUAGCGCACUCUAGUUCUGCGUCGGAAACAUGCAGUGUGUGGGCUUGGAGAUUUCCUCUACCAAUUUAAGAAAAAACAGAUGAGGAUGUUUUACAAGUCUGAGGUAUGUGUCGUCUACUUAGUCAUUGUUAAGUCCCAGAGCAAGCAGACUAACUAUUUUUCCAACGAGAAUUCGGGAGAGCCUGAAGAGAAGAUAAUGGCACUGCUGUAGUUAUAUGUCAGACGUGUUUGAUAAUUCAGCCAAUCGUAUGUGCGAUCAUUGACAAAUCGACGUAUCAUAAACAAAGCUCAUUUCGCAAUUUGUUUUCGCAGGUGAAAAUAUCGCUCUCAAAGACAAAUCAUUCGUGCAGAGUUUGGUAGAUAACAGUCACGUAGGAGGAACAGGCCAAGCGAGGUGAUAGAAAGGGGAGAGAACGCGGGCAUCACAACCCGUAAAUGGUGCUUUAACGGUUUGCCACGGGUUUGUCGCGCAGACGCCGCCUUAUGUCCAGUAACAUUACCUCAGAGUAUAAAAAGCUGGGCCUUUCCCCAGGAUUUAAGAUCUCUAUUAUAAUUGUGCUGGGGUUGGAAAUUGUUCUUGGUAUUUGUGCUAGCUGCACUGUUUUGCUGAUCUACUGGAACAAGAGAAGUGUUCGGAGUGUAGCAACGAAGUUCAUCGCAAAUCUUGCUCUUAUUGACUUUAUAAUCUGCUGUGUUUGUGUUCCGUUCACCAUCGCUCGCGUUUCAGGAUUUGCACAUUCCACACUGUUUUGUUGUUGGCAUGAGGCUGUAACAUCUGCUCUGAGAAAUGCUUCGUUCAUAACUCUAUUGCUUAUUUGUUAUGACCGUUACAAGUCGGUAACGAACCCGUUUGUGUUGAGACUUACCCACCUCAAAGCCAGGCGCGCUGUUAUUUUGGUGUGGUGUUUGAGUACUGUUAGUCUUAUAGCACCUUUCCUUGAAUGGCGAUGGAAGGCCAAAACAUCAUGGUCCUCUGCGUGUAUUUUGAUGUUUAGCGAAUCAAAAGAACCCUGUUUUUUUCGCCUGUAUUAUCUGCCAUCCUUUUUAUUGUCAUGUACAAUUCUGCUUCCCGCCUACUUGCGAAUAUCGAAGGCUGCCCUCUCCAGAGUGCACAUACAAGCCAUGAUGAUUCGAACGUCGUUUAUUGUGCCUGCGUCGUUUUCACAAAGGCGGAAUGAGGCAAUGGUGCGUCAAAAAGAAUGGAAAAUCGCCAAAAUGACUGGAGCAGUCGUCUGUUCUGUGUGUGGAUUAUGGUUGCCCUACACCACAUUAACAUUCUCCAUGUAUUUUAUGAGGCCCUCUAAUCACUUGCUUCGUUUAGAGUUCGUGUUUUUAGCUUUUGGCUACUUCAACUGUGUCUUGAAUCCCUUAUUGUAUGCUUUCACAAAGGAGAAAUUUCGCACUGCGUUUUGGAGAACUUUGCCUUGCAAGAAGUAACAGGUAGAGCGGGCAUUCAACUUUUUGCUCAAAUCAGCCUCAAUUUACAAACUAUCUCUUUAGUUUGUUUAUUGUGAGGAUAUUUUAAACCCAUAUACUUCCUAGUGGCCCUAAAGGCGGAAGAUUAUCGAAAUGAGUUGAAAAGUUGAAGCAUCUCUGCGCUUUUCGCAGUUGAGUUGCUUCCCGUAAAAAAAAUUUAUAGCGUGUAUUAACGCACGUAAAAUUAACGUAUAUUUACUUUUCUAGAGGACUUCGUUUCCUUUCGAAUAAGUCUAUUUCUUACACUAUUGUAGUCGGAUUUCCGCGGCUCAGUAUUUUUAUGCGAACAAUAAAGAAACUUGUGUCCACACAAAGCUGCAGUUUUUUCUCACAUCGUGUUUCGGGACGUUCGUUGACAAAACGAUGAAAAAUGCAAAUUGUGACCAAAAACAUACACAGAUAAUCCGAGCAGAUGGCAUAUGAAAAAUAAACUUUCAUUUUUUCCCCUCGAUUUGCAUUUCGGUGGAUUCAUUAAAUCAUAAAUUAAACGCUUUUCAUUUAU